AAGUCUGAACAUUAUUUUUCCUACAUGAAAGAUGGAGAACUCAUCCGAGCAGUCUCGUUGGGUGUCCCCCAGCCUGAUCAGUCCAGACCCACUGGCAAACUACACCACAGAGCCUAGUUUACUGCCACCCAGUGAAGAUGAUGAGCCUUUCUACUCCAGCUCUGAGACUGACUUACUGCCAUCAUAUUAUUCCACGAGCGGACAGAGCCGAGCCUCAUCAUCUUACAGACACAGUCCAGUUCGUCAAGUCUACUCCUCUCCAUCAAUUCUGGGAAACAUCCAGUGGCUGGACAACUCUGCGGGUCACUCUCUAAAUUCUUCCUACAACCCCACAUCCACUGUCUGGGCAAGCAGCCCAUUCACAAAGACGCCUCUCCACCCUCACACCUCCACGUCCAUCUACUCGAACAGCGUUACCCCAUCUUUCACUUCCCCCAAAGAUGGCUUCGCUUCUCCGAGCCAUGAUGGGAAGGAAAGUCCCAGGCUCCAGGAAGUCCUGAAAGCCGAGCGCCUGAGUCCCAUGGGUGGAAGCGGAAGCAGCUUUCUCAAUCUGAGUUCAGCCGCUGGAGGUGGGUAUGGUCCUUCUUCACACAUGCUGGGUCCAUAUGGGUCGUACAUGACCACAUCACAGGACUAUAGUUCAGCUGCACUCUAUUCUACCACCGGACCCUGGAUGAGCCCUUCAUCAUACUCACCCAAACUUCGCAACAAGAUGAUACUUUCGCCACCAGAGGCACGUGAAUGUGUAAAUUGUGGUGCCACUGCCACCCCUCUGUGGCGUCGAGAUGGG